AUUCGCAGUGAGAAAAACAAGGAAAAGGAAGAAGAUGAAAAAGGAGCGAAGAUGGUGAUGAUCAAGCAGACGAAGGAGACGAAGAUGAUGAUGAUGAUACAACAAAGCUUCAAAACACAGAGCAAAAUUAAUUUCUUAACCAACAUUAAUUACAUUGGACGAUCAUUGGUCAGGUUCGGUGAUACAAUUAUAAUUGGAUAUACUUUAAAUUGUCAAAUCAUUUAAUCAUUUUCACCUUGGAUCAACUUUACUUUGGGCUGUCAUUGAUUUUUGUUUUUUUUCAUUCUCUGUUAAUUGUUAACUAUUAACAACAACCAGCAAUUAAUUUUUCCAUCAUAAUUUUUAUUAUCUCUUGUGUUGGACUGAUUUAGUUAAUCACUUAUUCAAUUAAUCAAUUUCAUUAGCCUUGAAUUUUUGGACUGUCUUGUUUUGUUUUUGUUGUUUUUUUUUUUGCAAUUUUAAAAAAUUUAGUUUUCCAAUUUCAGAUAAUCAAACAAUUAACUAUUGAAAGUGUUUCAAUUUCAACUUGUUGAUCAACAAUCAACAAUUUUUGAUCAAUAUUCAUCAAUAUUUCUCUUGACAGCUAAUCAAAUUAAAUCAACGGCUAAUUAACUUACCAUCCCUUUUUUAUUUUGAAAAGUAAACAUCAUCACAAAGAAUCAAAAUAAUUCAAUGGAUCCGACAAUUGAUUUUCAUCCAACACCAUAUAAAUUGUGUUUAACUUUAUUGGCUACUUGUUUUACUGAUCGUAAAGUUGAGCUAACAUAUCGUGAGAUUGGACGAUUUUGUAUCAUCAUAAUGAAACUUAUCCAUGGUUUGGAACUUAGUUAUUCACAAUUGAGAUCAUUUCUACUUAAAUCUGGUUUGAGUAAAAUGAUUUUACAAUUGUUUGAAGAGAGGAUGGUUAAUUUGGUUAACGAAGAUGUUGGAUCGAUAAUUGACUUAAUCGCCAAAAGCAAACCAUACAUUUCAACUGGGUCAAAUCUUACCCAUAGUUACACAUUAGGAAUAAACAAAUCCUCCAUAUUGGGACUAUUUCUAAGGAAAAUGGCCAUUUUUUUUGAUCGAUUAGAUUUCAUGAAAAUUGUCCAGCUUUACGAAUCCCUACAAUUAUACUAUAAAGAAGGUCAAAAAAAGGAUAUGACCGAUCCUGGCCAUGGAGAGUUACGAUAUAAGUGUAUUAAUCCAAGUAAACAGAUCAAUUUAAUCCAGAUUAAUGAGAAACAAGCACUUUCACCUCUCGAAUUGGUUAAGCUGAUACAAAGUUGUUAUCCAUCUGGAAGACCCAAUCCAACACAGUUAAAGAAUCUUAAAUCAACUUAUUUCCUUCAAUACUUGAAUUAUCUUCGUCUAAAUGAAUAUUCAGCAGCUCAAGAUUUUCUUUUCGCCUAUUUUGAUGGUUAUGUUGAUCAGGAAACCCGAUGUUGGGCUGCUCUUAAUCAAGCAAUGUUUCACCUUCACUUUAAUCGUUACCGAUUGGCAAUGGAAAGUGUCAAAGAAUGUAUUUCAAGUGCUCAAGAGGCGAACGAUGAAAGAUGCAUGGAAUUUGCCUUCCUUUUAAUUGCUAAGAUAAUCAUAAAUGAGAAAAAUCCGUCCUACACCGAAGAAGAUAUAAUCCGAUUUCUUCAUCAUCUUCAAACUCGAGCAACCGAAUUAGAUUUACAUCAUCUUUCAGCGAUUGCUUGUCUUCAUCUUGAAAGUCUUAUUGGUCCAAUGGCGGAAUACGAGAGAAAUAGCCGACCCGAUGGUACAGCUAAUCCUGAACUUUUAGCUGUUAAACAUUCAUUACCAGAGAUAUUGAUGAUGAGCUAUGCAAUUAAAAGUGAUCAAUAUGCUACCCUUGGGGCGACACAUUUAACUUUACUCUAUUCUCAAGCUUUACUUGAUUUACAUCUUGUUCAACAUGUUGGCGAUGGUUUAGUUUACAGGGUAAAUGAGAAUACCUGUAUUGCCAUAAGAAAUAUUGCUCUUCACCUUUGGCGGAAUCUUGGACAUUACAAUUUAGCUCGAGAUAUGAUUACCUCAUUAGCUGCUAAUCUUUUCUCUUUCUAUCAAACUAAUAUAACCUCGAUUUGGGAACAAGCAUUGGCUGAAAUUCAAUUUGAACAUUAUUAUCUUAAAGAUGAAUGGUCGAAGGCGGAAAAUUUUGUUAAAAAGAUUCAACUUUACGAUAAAACGGAAGCUUCAAUUCGAGCGGCUGAACUUUACCUUAAACAGAAACGUCGUGAUGAAGCAUUUGCAACGAUAUCGAAACUUCAAAAUUCACCCGAAUAUCAUCAACUUUCAGCUUAUACUCAAGUUCGUAUUAUGAUUAUGAAGGGAAAUGUUCUCAAUGAUUUUGAGACACUUUUCGAAGCCUUAGAAAUUGUUAAAAAGCAUAAAUUUGGCCUACUUGAGACUCGAUGUGUCCUUGAAAUCGCUCGACUUGAAUAUAAAUUUGGACAAAAGUCAAAAUCAUUAACUUUAUUACGAAGUGUUUUCAUCACUGUUCUUGGUUAUGCUACUCGUCGGGAAGUCGCUUUUGCUCAUUACCUUGAAGCCUUAAAUUGCCGAUCAUUUGGUCAUCUUGAUGCUGCUCUUAAUUCCAAUGAAACGGCCAUUUCAAUUUACCGACAAAUCGAAGAUCGUGAAUAUUGUCGUAAAGCUUAUUCUUUACACGCUCAACUUUAUAAUGAAAAGAAAGAUUUCGAAAAAAGAAAUUUCUAUGCUCUUCAAGUGAGAAAAUUGUUGGCGACAUAACAACAAUAGUUAAUAUCUUUUAAAUUGCUCAAAAAUUAAUCUAUAAAAAAAAUCAGACAAUUUCUUAAUUGGUCAAAACAAAUUUGUGAUUUGCUUGAUAAAAUCAAUCCACCAAAACAUAAACUGUUAAUCUUGUAAAUCAUCAGUCAUUAAAAUUCUGAAAAUAUUUUUAUCAUAUUCAACAUAAAAAAUUGUAGAUGAUUUUACCACAAAAUAUAAUCGAAUCU